AUGUGGGACUAUCCCUUGGAGAAUGAAGACAUCAAGAAUAUGGCCGAAUGUCGUAUCAACCUGAGAGGAAACAUCAUAUCGACUGACACAACACCUUUUGAAUUCUCGUUAGCAGAAAUCAACACUACUGAAAUCACCCGCUUUUGCCAAAAGAGUGAAAAAGCAGUCUUUAUCCCAGAGCAGAUGUACCUAGACCACGCCAUAAAAUUUUGUAGUUUAUUACACGCUUCAUUGUAUAUUCCGGAGAAUGCAGAAGAAAAUGCUCAGCUGACGAUUCAAGCAAAGAAAUUCAACGAUAUAUGUGUGGGUAACAGCUACAGACUUAUGUAUUUAGGGGCCACAGAUAAGGUUAAAGAGGGACAGUGGUUAAAGGUAGCCGAUGGCAAACCGAUCGAGUACUCCAACUGGUUUGUUGGAGAACCCAAUGGUGACACCAAAGACAACUGCUUGGUACUUCGCAGGAACGAUGACCACUGGGCAGACAUCGUCUGCGAUUAUGAGCUUUGUUUCUCCUGUGGCACAACAAACAAAGAUUUCCUACAGUUGCGCGGGCUCUGUGAGGAAAAAGAACACCAGACAAGAUUCUGCUAG